AUGCGCUUCUCACUAUUGCUCAGCGUCCUAGGCGCUGCAGCUGUCGAGAUUCCUGCCCAGAAAGGCGAUGAUAGAUUAUAUCGCAGGAGCGAAUCCGCACCCAUACAGCCUGCUGCUGCUGCUGCUGCUGCGAACACCGCAGCACCGGUCCAAGAUGGUUAUGUCGUCAAUUCUCCUGUAGUUCAGACAUACGGAGCUGAUACCGAGCCGGAAACAUCACUGGCACAGGCACCUCAAGUCACCCAGUCUGUUUCGAACGAAGAGGACGAGAAGAAAGAUGAGAAGAAGCAGGAAAACACCAGUGUUGCUGUGCCCGACUCAAAUGAUGCGGCAACCGAAACGAGUCCAAAGAUGGUUUACAACAUUGAAUGUUCAUGCCAUCAACCCGCACCUCAACCGACUAUCACCGGAGGAUAUUCUGUUGAUCCUCCAGUUCAAAUCACGACGAGUCAGCCUCCAGCGGUCUCUAUUACGGGAGGAUAUUCUGUUGAUCCACCAAGUUCAACAACCCCAAUCCCCGAGCCUGUGCCCACGACUACCGAGAGUGUAGUGCCCUACCCUCCGCCGAGCUAUACAUAUGGGCCUCCUCUUCAACCUCCAACUACAACCAGCGCGGUCCCUACGUUGCCUGAUACAACUACCGAGACACCAUUACCUCCUACUACUGAAACACCACUGCCUCCUACUACCGAAACACCGCUACCUCCUACUACCACAAGCCCGCCCCCUACCGAUACUGACUGCUCUCCCGGCUAUCCUGUUACCGUCACCAAGACAGAGACAGUCACUUCCAAGAUUGUUGAAACUGUCGUCUCCACCAAAACUGUCGUUCGGAAGUAUACUUCAACUGUUACUUCCAAGAUCGUGGAGACUGUCACCGAGACACAAAGUGUAGAAACGGUGACCGAAACUCAGACUGCAGUAACAAUUACCGAGACCCAAACCGCAGAAACGGUAACAGAAACCCAAACCGCAGUUACGGUGACCGAAACGCAGUCUGCAGAAACUGUAACGGAAACUCAGACUGCAUCAGUAGUGACCGAGACGGUCACUCAGACGGUAAUUGAGGGCACCACCUUGGUGCAGACUCAGCCUGGAACGACAUAUGUGGAGACACUACCAGGAACUACCGUGAUUCGAACUGAACCAGGAGAGACGAUUAUACAGACUCUACCUCCAGUCACCAUCACGGAGCCAGGAGUCACAAUCACCGAAGAUGGAGAUACAGUUACGGUACCUGGUCCUACAGUUACCGAGGCAGGAACAACUAUCACUGAACCUGGAACUACUGUAACGCUGCCCCAGGAGACUGUCACUGAGGCUGGAACAACUAUUACUCUACCUGAAAAGACUGUGACAGAGCCUGGAAGCACCGUGACUGAAGCUGGAACCACUGUUACCCUUCCCGAAGUCACGGUCACUAGACCUGGAAGCACGGUAACGGAAGCUGGAGCAACUGUAACUCUACCUGAACAGACUGUUACAGAACCUGGUAGCACUGUCACCGAAGCUGGAACAACCGUUACUGAGGCUGGCACAACUAUCACCAGGCCUGGACUCACGGUCACUGGUACUGUCACCGUUCCUGGAAGCAGGAUCACAGUUACUGAGACCGGAGAGGAUGAGACUGUUACCGUUCCCAAGACUAUCAUCCAGGCUGGCGAAGACAGAACUGUGGUGAGAACUGUUACUCUUCCAGGCCAGGAAACCAUCGUGACAGUGUCUGGCGAGGAGCAAACCAUCACAGUUCCCGGAGAGCGCACUGUCGUGACUGUGCCCGGAGAACAGGCUACCGUAACGGUCGAGUCAGUUGUUACUGAGCGACUUCCUGCAGAGACGGUGACCCUCACCAAAGAUGGAGAAACUGUUGUAACAGUGGUCCCCGGCCCAACAACUGUCUACACUACUACCUUGACCAUCGGCCAGACUGUGCAACUUCCUCCAACCACAGUUACUGCCACUCCCGGGCGCAUCACUCUGUGCCCCAAGCCUACUGGUAGAUCUGCACCGCUCGACCCUGAUUCGGACCUCACAUUUGGCUGCAAGCCCGGAUACGUCUGCAACCCUCCUAAGCCAUCCUGGUGCAACUUCUGGUCCGAGCCACCUUCCAAAGACUAUCUGUGUGAGCCCCAGUACUGUAUCAAGGCCCCGAAGCUCAAGAAGCCCAAGUGGCGUAAGAACGAGACCGAUUACUAUCCACGAGCUCCUGGAUACUUCGAUCUUAACCCUGAGGCUUUCGGUCUUUCUUACGAUAUCUUCGAGAAGCAAGUCUACGAGAAGGUUGUCAGUGGCGAGCUCACAACCUUCACGACUGGUAACUGGGCCUCUCAGACAACCUUGAGUGACUGGCCUGAUGCCACUACCUCCAUGGCAGAGAACUAUGACAACGUUCCUAGCAACAACCAGCCACGUGGACUGCACCUGCUGGAAACUAGAGACGUCACUCCGGCCAUUUGCUUCGAUGACUGUAACGGUGCUUUCAAAAUUGCUCAAUCUGUUGGAAAGUCAGACAGACUUUGCAACGACGGUUCCUCAUUCCGUAAAAGCUACGGCGUGUGUCGAGAGUGUAUUGGUGAUAACACCGAGGAGACCAAGCAAACCGAGCGAGACUACGUCGUGCCUCAGUUCCAGCAGUUCACCGAAUACUGUGAUGGCAGGGAUACUACAAGUGCCACUACAGCCGCAUCUGGCCCCGAAUCCCAGGUCACUGGAACUCCCGACGUGGAGACCAAAACUCAGGUCGAGGCUACCUCAGGUGGAUUUGCUCCCAUCACCACGGAAGACGACUCUGAGUCCGAGACACGCAGUGCCGACUCUGAUUCUCAGUCGACCGAUGAAGCUGCCAAGCCUACUUCUGCAGAAGAAGAGAACACCACAGAUCGACCUGAGCCUACUUCCAAUGUCCGUGCCACUACAAAGGAAUCCGAACCUGUUACCACAGAAGAGUCUGAGCCUAUCACCACAGAAGAGUCUGAGCCUGUCUCCACAGACGAAGCUGAGCCUAGUUUGACCGCCGAUGGAUCGUCUUCAGAUAGAUCGCAACCAACCACAUCUGGAGCUGCUGCCGAAGAGACAGCCGAGACAACUGGAAGCCCCGAAGCAACGGAGACUGAAACAGCAGCUGAUGAGGUAUCAACCGACGGGUCUGAAAACUCUGCAGCUGGUGAGUCCACCACUUUGCCUUUUACUACCAAGAAUGUCGUGACUGUCACAUCCACGCGUGAGGACUCUUCUGAGACUGAUGUCGUUUCUACCAUCACAGAAACAGGUUCAAGAACUGCUCAGACCAAGGGCGUCGAGACAGACUCUGCAAAGACUGAUUCAGACGAAGCUACUGCAACAGAGGCCGCCACUGGAACAGAUACUGUCACUGAUGCAGAGUCUGCUACUGAGACCGACGGUUCCAGUGCAACUGAGACAGAUGAUUCCGAGACUGCCUCAGAGACGGACAGUUCUGGAGACGUCACUGAGACCACGAUCACAGCCACCCGCUCUGGUAAGGCUGAUGCCACCGAAACCGAGACAGAAUCGGGAGCUGCCGCAACAGAAUCCUCAGAAACAGAGACUCCUGAUGAUUCUACUGCUUCAAGCGAGACCCGCUCACGACUCGAGACACGUACUUCAACUGGCACCGCCGACGAGACAGCAGCACCUUCAACUGUCGAAGCUGCUGCCUCUCGCUUGACAGCCAGCUUUGCUACUUUCAUCGCUCUUCUGUCGAUGCUAGUGAUCCUCAUUUAA